GGUUGGUGCCUUAGCAACUAAACCUAGCAACUGGGGAAUCGUCUAGUGCUGAGGAUCUCUGCUGAAGGGCCUUGGAAACCUUGCGCUCACACUGAGCAGUUUCCAGCCUCCUGGGCAAGGGAACAGUCUCUUCCCUUGCCUGGGACUCUGGAACCAUUUCAUUCUGGUGAAAGUAAGAGUCAGAAGCCUUUCGCGGAGAAAAGGCUGACAUGCCCGUCCUAUUUGACAGAUUGCUGAAGCUAAAGGAGAUGUUUAACUCUAAGUUUGGAUCCAUUCCCAAGUUUUAUGUUCGAGCACCAGGAAGAGUCAACAUAAUAGGAGAACAUAUAGAUUAUUGUGGAUAUUCUGUUCUUCCUAUGGCUGUAGAACAAGAUAUGUUAAUAGCUGUGGAACCUGUGAAAACACAAACUCUUCAACUAGCCAACACAAAUCCCUUGUACCCGGACUUCAGUACUAGUGCUAAUAAUAUUCAGAUUGACAAAACCAAGCCUCUGUGGCACAACUAUUUCCUAUGUGGAUUUAAAGGAAUUCAGGAACACUUUGGUCUUAGCAACCUGAGUGGAAUGAAUUGCUUGGUAGAUGGAAACAUCCCACCGAGUUCUGGACUCUCCAGCUCCAGUGCUCUGGUCUGUUGUGCUGGCUUGGUGACACUCACAGUGCUGGGAAUGAACCUAUCCAAGGUGGAACUUGCGGAAAUCUGUGCCAAGAGCGAGCGUUAUAUCGGCACUGAAGGAGGAGGGAUGGACCAGUCCAUAUCAUUUCUUGCAGAAGAAGGAACUGCCAAGUUGAUAGAAUUUAGUCCUCUGAGGGCAACUGAUGUGAAACUCCCAAGUGGAGCAGUAUUUGUGAUUGCCAACAGUUGUGUGGAAAUGAAUAAGGCAGCAACUUCUCAUUUCAAUAUCAGGGUGAUGGAGUGUCGGCUCGCUGCAAAGCUCCUGGCUAAAUACAGAGGCUUGCAGUGGGAUAAAGUACUGCGACUAGAGGAGGUGCAGGCCAAACUUGGAGUCAGUCUGGAAGAAAUGCUGUGGAUCACAGAGGAUGCCCUUCACCCUGAACCCUAUAGCCCUGAGGAGGUCUGCAGGUGUCUGGGAAUUAGCCUACAGGAGCUUCGAACCCAGAUUUUGAGUCCAAACACUCAAGAUGUGCUCAUCUUCAAACUCUACCAGCGGGCAAAGCACGUGUACAGCGAGGCUACGCGGGUGCUCCGGUUUAAGAAGAUAUGUGAGGAAGCACCUGACAACACGGUCCAGCUGCUGGGGGAGUUAAUGAACCAGAGCCACACGAGCUGCCGGGACCUGUGCGAGUGCAGCUGCCCCGAGCUGGACCAGCUGGUGGACAUCUGUCGGAAGUUUGGGGCUCAAGGGUCACGACUCACUGGAGCAGGAUGGGGAGGCUGCACAGUAUCACUAGUACCUGCUGACAAGCUGACCAGCUUCCUAGCAAACGUGCACGAAGCUUAUUACCAGAGGAGCGACCGAAACGUAACAUCUGAGAAGCAGAGUUUGUUUGCUACCAAACCUGGAGGCGGGGCUUUGGUUUUCCUUGAGGCCCAAACAAUGUAGAAAAUCUCAGAGAAACUAUUUAGGGCAUUUAGGCACUGGCAGAACUUCUUAUGCCACAGUAAAUUAAUCCUCUUUCUGUUUUGUAUUAUGAUGAACGGUUGCUAUUAUCAAGAUGUAUUUCCAAAGAAAUGGUUGAAAGCUCUCUAUGCUUCAUAAUGAUUAUUUUUCCAUUUUAAAAUAUGUUUCUACCAGUAAGAGCCAAAGUUAUGCUUGGACAGUUCCCUUAAGGAUGAUUUACUGAGAUUUACUGAUUUCAGGAUUUUUAAAGAUGAAUGAUAAAAGACAUUCAAUACUGACCCCAUGGAUUGGCGUUGAAUUAAACAUACUGCUACAAUUAAAAGGAUACAAUUGCAUUGUAUGCCAUAUUCUUAAACACAGUUCAUUUCUGGUUUCUCUGGACUUUCUUCUUCUUCAUAGUUGUAGUCUUCUGUUGAUGAUGAUGAUGAGAGUGAUGCCAGAAACUCUUUCUUGGCUCGAGCUUCAGAACGCUAUUAAAAUAAUACGUUAUUAAAGAUUCAUAA